AAAAAAACAGAAACCAGAGCAGGCAGUUGUUGCCGCGCAGCUGCACGGGCAGAACGCAACUCACAUGGAAGCUACACGCCCCGGUUUAUGAUGCUGCUACAACAAAAAAAUACACCACAAAGUUAAAACUGUCUGAAAACUGGAUUUGUCAGAAUGAUAGGAGAAAUUGAUAUCGUGCGCCAUCCCGUCCACGCGUGCGUCCCCGUGCGUCACGAAGUGGUCCUGAGCGUCUGGGCUAAAGGCACCGGAUUACAAUACCAGUGGUUUAAUUAUGUUCUGAAGGACGGUAAAAGGGAAGUGUGUGAGGUUCCGGGUGCCACACAACCCAAUCUCACCAUCAAAGUGACCAAAAACCAGAACUAUUCAUGUCGAGUCAAUGACAUUUAUUUAAACUGUAAAUUUACCACUUGGGCUCACGUGACGGUGCUGGACGUGGAUAAAUCAGGUUUACCUCCUCGGUGGCACGGGGAGCCUCACGUCGUGGUUAACCCUAAAUCCCAGACACUUCGGCCCGGUGCCAAACUCACUCUGCGCUGCACGGCUCUCGGGGCCCCUCAGCCCAGUUACCAGUGGUACAGGAACGGCUUCCCCCUGAGACACGAGACCAGAGAGCUGCUGCAGGUGAAGCAGGUCGGGGCACAGGACGCUGGGACGUACCUCUGCGCCGUCACGAGCGUCCUGGGGGAGACCUGGAGCUUUCCCGCUGAUGUGAACGUCUGUUUACCAAAGCCGAGUGUGGAGGAAACCCCGGCAGCACUCACAGCCACAGAUAAAGUCGCGUUGCUCAUCGGGAACCUGAACUACUCGCACCACCCCGGGCUCACGGCUCCGGUCAUGGACGUGUACGAGCUGGGCCUCCUCCUGCAGCAGUUGGGCUUCAGGGUUUUGUCUCUGCUGGACCUCACCACAGACCAGAUGAAAGCCGCCGUGGACAACUUCAUCCAGCUUUUAGACUCAGGGGUUUACGGUCUCUUCUACUACGCAGGCCAUGGGUUUGAACGAGCCGGGAGAAACUACCUUGUUCCCGUUGACGCUCCACAGCCGUACCACGCGUCAACAUGUGUCUGUGUGCAAAGGAUCAUGGGAAAAAUGCAGGAAAGGAAGACUGCGCUGAGUGUCGUCCUUUUAGAUGCCUGCAGAAAAUGGAGUAAAGAGGGGAGCGCCCCGUCAGUGAUUCAGCCUCUGAGACCUGGAAACACCGUCUAUGGAUACGGCACAUGUGAAGAUGCUGAGGCGUUUGAGGUCCAGGAUCGGGGGAAAAGCACCGGGAUCUUCACCAAGUAUCUCAACAAGUACAUCUCACUGCCAGAAAAAGUCACGCACGUUUUAGAGCGGGUCUCCGAAGACGUGGCUAAAGACGGUCUGGUGAAGGGGAAACAGGCGGUGGAGAUCAGACACACGCUGAAGGAGGCUCGCUCGCUCACAGACCCGGUGCGCCCCUCUGGCCACACGAGGGAACUGCACCUGCGGGACGUCUGCUGGAGGCAAGCCAACGAGCUGCCUCAGAAGAAGUGUCUGAAGUUUCCGUGCGGAGCAGAAGUGGAGGUCGGGUUCUCGGCGUUGUUCUCCAACGUUCUUGGAGCUUUCGCCAGCGUCAGACACUCGGAGCCUCAUAUGAUCGACUGCAAAGUGUCCCUGAGCUCCACUCCUGUCAUGGGAGAUAUAUUUUCGGGACAGGACAGAUCACAGGAAUUCGACUCCCUCCUCUUCAACCAGUCGAAUGAUUCAGACAGCGCCAUUUGGCUCUGCGGGCUUCAGACACUUAAGGAGUCGCUGGUCAUCAGAGUAGAUCUACACUACACUGUUCUGGAGAGGGACAGUGCCAGGAGGUGCACCCAGACCCUGCAGCUGAACGUGGGCAAGCCUCUGGUGGCCUCGUGCGAGCUGGGACACAAGGCCGAAGCUCCGAGGUCCUCCAGCCCGCGAGAUCAGAGCCCGGGCAUCUCACGACGUCUCAACAUCUCACAGCAGAAGAGCCACAGCACCAGAGGGUUUGAACCGUUCAGCAGAAAGGCCGAGGGUCUGUCAAGAGUGGCCGUGGGGAAGAACAAACCGGUAGAGCACGAUGAAGACGACAUAUUUAACUUCUUUCACCUGAAAUAACUGAUCCUGGAGCUGCUGAGAAGAGACCAAAAGCUGUUGUUAGGUGCUAAGAAGAUUUAAAAGGGCCCAUAUGACACUACUUUUGACCUAUUUUAUAAUGUUGUUUCCUCAUCAAAAACAGAGCUGGAGUUGUGUUUUGUUUCAUUCACACGAGUUCUUCUCUCUGUUCCACCUUGUGAUGUCAUACGGUGAUACAGGAAGUGCUCCAUUGUGUUUUUAAGCAUCACACACCUUCACUAGAAUCAUUUGGAUAAUUUCAGCCCUGGAAUAAGCGAGUUUCAGCUUCAUUGUUAUUAAAAGCUCGCGUUGCAUGCUGGGAAAUAUUUUGGUCGGAGACAAGAAACACGAUAGCGGUCAAAGACAGUGCGUAACCUCGCGUAUUUAUCCCUGAUAAUGGUAAAUUCCUUCUGCAUUAUCGGAUGCACAAAUAGAAGCACGGAAGAAGGAAAAUGUCUUUUUCGUAUUAAACGGCUUUCAAACAUUCGCAGAGCAAAUGUAGAAGAUCCUAACAAACCGUGGACUCCAACAAGUUCAACAACACAUCGAGACUCUUGGAGGUUUUCAUCUUUUCUGCUGUGAAUGGCCCAGGAGUUUCCACCAAGUCAUUGUGGAUAUCGCCGAAGUGAAUAUUUGGCCAGGUAGUUGGCGAUUCCGACCAGAAAUUUGGUUUGGUCCACCUUUUGUAGAAGCUGAAAAGGGUGAUUUGGCUCCAUCGAUGCUUAUGACCAAUUUCUGGUCAAAUCGUCUUCAGUCCUCUGCCGUUAGAGUGGAUAAAUAACCGGGAUCAAUACCCUUUACAUGCUUUCUCGCUCUGUCCAUCAAGUUGAAUUAGUGUUUAUUGCCGCCGACCAAAAUAAUUCCCAGCAUGCAACGCGCGCUUUUGUCAACAAUGAAACUCGCCUAUUGCCAAUCUCCACUGAAUUAAAGGUAUAAAAAAUGGAGCUGUUAACUUGAAGACUACCGCUUCAUGACAUCACAAGGUGGAACAGAACAUUUAGAGCUUUAGAGACGUAGACAGACUAAUAACAAAGGAUUAUUCAGACAUGUGUGAAUGAAACAAAACACAUCUCCAGGUCUGUUUUUAGACCUCACGAGAGUCAGUUUUGUGUCAUGUGGGACCUUUAACGAAGAAUGGAUGGAGUCUUUGUUUGAUUCUCCUGAUAAUUCUCCUGCUGUAGGAUGAGUCUGGCCCACAGCCGGACUAUAGACAGUUCUGUUCUGCCCCAGAUAUAAGCUCCUCCAAUGUAAAUACAUCUACAAACACUAGAAUACACAGUUUUAAUCAUAAUUUCACCCUCAGAUUGCAAACCAUGGACUGCAUACUCGAGUAAUCUUUAUGUUUUAACUUCUGUGACUUCGUUGUCUGGGAAAGGUGCUAUAUUAAUUAAGUUUAUUUGCUUGCUAUGAUGUAAACUAAAAUGAUUUUGCGGUAACACUUUAUAAUAACUACACCUUACUUAGCCUUAAUAAAGCAUGAACAAAGACUUAAUUAAUAAUGAACAAAGAUUUAAUUAAUAAUGAUUCACGCUUAGUAAAUGCUUAAUAAAGCAUAAUCUGUCUUCACUUUAGAAAAGCUCUCAAAAAGACUUAACAGAUAAUAGCUGCCUGAAUUAUCAUUGUAUUAUUAGUAAAUCAUUGUCUCAUAGUUUACUAAUGAUUAAUAAAUGCUCAAAUAGUUAGUUCAUGAGUAAUUAAGUAUGAAAUAAUUAUGAGUAACUAUUUACAGCUCAGGCAAAUUAAGUGCAAGUGCUAAUAAAGGUAGUAAUUAAGUAGUUACUCAGCUUGAAUCAUUAUUAAUAAAGUCUUUGUUCAUUAUUAAUCAAGCCUUUGUUCAUGCUUUAUUAAGGCUAAAUAAGGUGUAGUUAUUAUAAAGUGUUACCGAUUUUGCUUUUGUCUAAUGAGUUUUUGAGGAAUUGUUUUCUAUACUUGUAAUUUGUUGGAUUUCCUACCAACAAGCCUCUGCUGUAUCUCAACUACUGACUUAAAAAUGCACAUUUAAAGUUGUACUACUGCAAAAUAAAACUCACAAUUUCUAA